AGCUGUCAAUUCUCUCCCAAUCCCUCCUCUCUGAGACGCCAUGACUGAUCUUCAAGUUUGCUCCUUCAACGUCCGUAAGAUCAUAUCAUGUGUCUUCAUUCUUCUUUUUUACCCUACUAUAGUCUCUUGUGAGUGCACAUGCGAGGUUGAGGAUUCAAAGCAUGAUAAAGGUGAAGCUCUCAAGUAUAAGCUAGGUUCAAUACUCUCAAUUCUUGUUGCUGGUGCUAUUGGUGUUGGCCUCCCUCUGUUAGGCAAGAAAAUAAAAGCCUUGAGCCCUGAAAAUGAUAUUUUCUUCAUGAUCAAGGCAUUUGCAGCUGGUGUUAUCCUGGCAACCGGAUUCAUUCACAUACUACCGGACGCGUUUGAUAGCCUAACCUCACCAUGCCUUGCCCAGAAUCCAUGGGGGGACUUUCCAUUCACAGGUUUUGUUGCCAUGAUGACUGCAAUAGGGACACUAAUGGUGGAUACAUUUGCAACAGGGUUUUACAAGAGGAUGCAUUUUAACAAGAGCAAACCGGUAAACACUACAGAUGAAGAGACAGCUGAAGAGCAUGAAGGUCAUGUACAUGUUCAUACACAUGCUACACAUGGUCAUGCCCAUGGUUCUGCCUCCCCAGAGGAAGAUUUGGCCCUGUCCGAAUUGAUUCGUCGGAGAAUUAUAUCCCAGGUAUUGGAGCUAGGGAUUGUAGUUCAUUCAAUAAUUAUUGGAAUAUCUCUGGGUGCUUCUGGGAGUCCAAAAACAAUAAAGCCUCUCAUGGUAGCCUUGUCUUUCCACCAGUUUUUUGAAGGCAUGGGACUUGGUGGCUGCAUCACACUGGCACAGUUCAAAUCUACAUCUAUGGCAAUAAUGGCAACAUUUUUCUCCCUGACAACCCCAGUGGGGAUUGCCGUCGGUAUUGGAAUCUCUAGCAUUUACAAUGAGAACAGCCCAACUGCUCAAGUAGUUGAGGGCAUUUUCAACGCAGCUUCAGCAGGGAUUUUAAUAUACAUGGCACUUGUUGACCUGUUAGCAGCAGAUUUCAUGAGUCCAAGGAUGCAAAGCAAUCUCCGGAUUCAACUGGGAGCAAACGUUUCGCUUCUUCUAGGGGCUGGUUGUAUGUCUUUCUUGGCCAAAUGGGCUUGAAAUUGUCAAAGCUAUAUAAGCACAAGCCUUUGUUUUUUUCCCAACUCCCCUUUCCCUUGUUUUUUAUGGUGUAUAUUUUUUCUUAAUUUGGAAGCAGCAAAAAUCAACGACCUACUAUUUCAUAUUC